UAAAUCACGUAAUUAUAUCAUAACUACAAAACCCUCCUCUCUCCAAACUUGUAGAGAUCUGUUGGCGUAACAUCCCCCUUCCUACUUUCUGAUCACACAGAAUCUUUGAAACCAGUCAUUUGAUUCCCGUGAUCAUUCCUUAAACUUGUUGAUUACUAGUCGGUUUCAGUAGUCAGCAAUGCUUGCGCGAUUCUUCGGAAAUCCCAAACAAGAAACUAACAUUGUAACGACGUUAGACAAAUUGAACGAGACGCUUGAUAUGCUAGCUAAGAAAGAAAAUGUACUGUUGAAGAAAGUUGAUGCCGAGGAACAAAGGGCAAAGGAGUUUACCAAGGCCAAAAAUAAAAGGGCGGCCAUACAAUGUCUAAAGCGAAAGAGACUUUAUGAACAACAAGUUGAACAACUUGGAAAUUUUCAAUUGCGUAUUCAUGAUCAGAUGAUGACGCUAGAGGGUGCAAAAGCUACCACAGAGACCGUGGAUGCUUUAAGAACCGGUGCUCAAACAAUGAAAGAAAUGCACAAGGCGAUGAAUAUUGAUGAUGUUGACAAAACGAUGGAUGAAAUAAACGAGCAAACCGAGAACAUAAAACAAAUUCAGGAAGCAUUAUCAACACCUAUUGGUGCAGCAGCUGAUUUUGAUGAGGAUGAAUUGGAGGCUGAACUUGAAGAACUCGAAGGAGCUGAGCUGGAAGAACAACUUCUGCAGCCUGUCACAACCGCUCAUGCGGCCCCACUGUUGAAAGAACAACUUCUCCGGCCUGUCACAACCGCUAAUGCGGGCCCACUGCAUGUCCCUGCUGGCACACAACCAGCACGCCCAGCUCAACGCCAGAAUACAGCUGAGGAAGAUGAGGAAGACGAGGAAGAUGAACUUGAUGCAUUGCGGGAAGACAUGGCUUUAUAAAUAAUAGGUCAGUUUUCGGCAAAUAAUGCAUUGGUAUUUACUACCAGGAUGUUGAAUAUGAAGGAGGGGUACAUGCUAAGAGAUGAUUGAACCGAAUUGUUUUGGUUAUGCUCACAUUUGCAUAUAAUUUUUUUUUUAAAUCUUUUUAACAAUAACUGUGCUAUGGUUGAGAUUUACUGGGGUCGGUUGUUUUGUAA